GUCGGAGGAGAAUCAGUGUUAGGUAGACAAGUUCCGUGAGCAGAUGGGCCGAUGGGUAUUGCCUUGUCGUGUGGCGGUGGCAGGUUUCGAUUCAACGCCAAAAAGGAUAAGCAGUGGUUUAGGAUCGACCCUGUGGUGUUAACAAAAGCAGAAGCCACUGAGAUUCUGGCGAGGGAAGGCCAAAGGCCAGGCACUUACCUCUUGUACGAAGAUGUCGAGAAGGAGAGGAUUUGUCUCUCUUUCAGGACGACGGAGGGAGAAGUGGUCCACUACUCCAUCGUGAAAUUAAACGAUUUGUUCUACUUCAAUGACUUUCCCUUUCCCUACCUCGAAUCCAUUGUUCUCUACUACAAGAAAUACAAGUUCAAGGACACGCGCCUCACGCAACAGGCUGUUCUCAGCCCUUACAUCAAGUCGCAGCGAUCCAAGAGAAUAUCCGGAUACCUGAAACUGGACACUGUCCGAGAAUCGGAGAGAGAUUCUCAUGUCUGAUGUGUGUUAUUAGAGACUGUCAUUUCAACUAGUUGCCAUGUUGUCAUCGUAGAAUGCGUCUCAAAAUUCAAAAUGUAGACUUCCCAUGACCUUCAUAUUUUGUGUUUUAUAUGUGUAUAGUAUUUAUCUCAAAAGUUUUUUUAUCUGUCUUUUUCUUCGUCGUGAAAAUGCUUUUCGGUAGAUAUAAAUAUUUCGGUGAAUAAAACUUCAAAAUGAAAGCCAUACACGUUAACCAUAGAAUUUGUUUUGUAGAAUCUGCUGCUUUUUUUGUGCUAUCUGUAAUGUUUCAAAAUGAGUUGUAUAUAUUUGAAUAAAUUUUAUUUGUAAGUUUAA